AUGCGCCCUAACCAACCCACCCCCCUCCACCUCCACACUUCUUUCCCUUCAUCAUCAUCAUCAUCACCAUCCGACCGCAACACCAAAAUGUCCACCUCUACCACCACCACAACAACAACAUCAACCAUAAUCCCACCCCAUCCACACCCCCCAUCCUCAAAUACUAUUAAUCCCGGCGGCGGUCCAUCCUCCCCAUCCCUCUCCGUCACUCUCUCCAUUCCAUCCACCACCCCAACUCCACUCAGCUCCACAACCGCCAGUCCCACUUCCUCGCCCACCUCAUCGCCCGUCCCCCGCCGUCGCUUCAACAACCACCACGCUAUCGGCAGCCUCAACAGCACCUCUCUCUCCGACUAUGGCCAACAAGACUACUACUGCCGAAGUCGCAGCCGCAGCCAAAGUCCCUUCCGGUACUACCACCACCAUCAUCGUCCCUCGUCCAUGUCGAUGAUGCUGCUGCGGCGGAGACCCUCCAAGGUCGAUUUGGCCUUGUCCGAGGAGCGAUCCCGUGCCGAUGAGGAUAAGAUUGAGCGUCUGGGAUUGGAUCUGAUGGAGCCGAGACCCGUGGAUCCGUUGUUGGGGGUCGGGUUUGCGUUGGAUAGUAUGGAUGCGAGUGUUUUUGGUGGGGAUGGAUUGGAUGGCGGGGUGUUGGAGAGGAGUAGUGUCCAGCCGAGGUUUGUGAUGGGGGGGAUUUUUGAGGUUAUGGAGGGGAGGGGGUGA